AUGAUGAAGCGGACACUCCGAGGCCGACGGACGCCGGGGCUGGUCCGGCAGGGCUCGUCGCGUGCGGCGGACGGGCUGGCGGAGAGUCUGGCGAUGCUCCAGCGGCGCCACCCGGAGGCAGUGCUCCAGCUGCCCUUCUGGCCCCGCCCCGCCCAGCCCGGCUUCCUCGCCCUCGCCGCCUUCCAGGCCGACAUCCUCGCCAUCGGCGACGGCGCCGGCGGCAACCCGGCGAUCGCCCGGAUCCGCUUCCAGUGGUGGAGGGACGCCAUCGACGGCUGCUUCCACCCCCCCCAGCACACCUCCCAUCCGCUCAUCCAGGCCCUCCAGCCGCUCAUCGCCCAGCACAGGCUGUCCAAGUACUACUUCACCCGGAUCAUCAACGCCGCCGAGUCCCACUGCCUCGACCCGCGCUUCGCCCACCUCGACGCCCUGGCCGCCCAUUCGCGCUCGACGACCUACGCGGGGCUGGCCCUGCUGGCCCAGCUGCUGACGAGCACCGCCGGGCCGGCCGACGUGCCGCUGGGCACGCUCGACCACGCUCUGGCCCAUCUGGCCACCUUCCUCACCGUCGUCCGGCUGCUCAAGCGCAUGCCCUUCUACGUCCGCCACCGCCAGACCCACAUCGUGCCCCCGGAGCUGCUCGAGUGUCCCGACGAGGCCCUCCUCCGCCUCUUCUCCCCCCGCCGCCCGGCAGACGAGGAGCUCCAGCAGCCCGCCGCGCGCUCGCUCCUCAACCUCGUCUUCCUCGCCUGGUCCGAGCUCGUCGCCGCCAGAGAAGUCAUCUCCCUCGACCCCUCCCACCGACACUCCGCCCCCGCCGACUUCAGAGCCCACAAGAACGCCGCAGCCAUCCACAGCCACAUCUUCUCCCGCCGCGCCCCUCUCGCCAGAGCCUCCGUCCAGCCCGGCCUCGUCCCCCUCUUCCUCGCCGCCACUCCGGCGAGGAGCCAGCUGUCCAGGAUCUCCAAGAUCAUCCUCCACGCCGGAAACACCGACAAGAACGGCCGGAAUCGGAUCGGCGAGCUGAUCGACGGCGUGGCCCGGAAGCCCGACUGGACCGUGCCCUUCAAGCUCUGGUUCGACUACUGCUUCAACAAGCUCUAG